UCAAUUGACGGCUACUUGUUGGAUCGAGUGCAUGGUCGGCCAGCACUGCUUUUCAGUGCUGGUCAUUCUGUCAACGUGCGAGGCUGGAUCAGGCGGGCUCCUGUGUCGGCACGGUUGCCGAAGUCUGUCUUGUCUUGUGGCGGGAACGCGAUUCGUUUAUCAACCCGUGUUUCACUAGAAGUGCAGCUCAGUCAACGGAUGGUCGUGACUGCAGACGGAAGCCAGAAUUGUGAUCCGGAAGUGAUACGAAUUCAGACUAUUCCGCACACCAGCUAGCUAGCAGUCAGGGAGGAAUAGUUGAAUAAGUGCACAUGCAAGGAAGCGCUUCCUUGUCGGUUACGAGUGCGAAGUGAAUUGCUAAUGAGCUAAAAAAAAUUGCGCUGGUCAGUGUGCGAUUCGGUCACUUCUUCGUAAGGGUGGGUGGAGAAAAAACAAAAUCACAAAACUUUUUCGCGUGCUGCUGCCCACCAAAUAAGUGAAAGUGAAAAGUACGACAUUGGCAUUCGACGUUUCUGCGGUUUGUUCGCAAUCGGCCAAAUGACGGAUGGUGUCUCUCCGAUGAACAUAAAAAAUAAUUCAUCAAUCCAAUUACUGUGAUAACCGCCGAAUUUUGUGAGAAUUGUCAAUUUGGGGAGAGAGAAAAAAAGAAGAAAAAAAAUUAUCCCAGUCACUUUGACAGCCGUUCGUUGAUUGGACGAGGGUCGAAUUACUGAAAAGUGAAUUUGAAUACAACCGGCUAGCUGGUGGCUGUUUGCGCUGCUGUCGAAAGGAAAAUUUCAAACCAGCAGUGGAAAGUAGCAGCAGACAAAAUAAAAAAAAAAACAUGGAAGCAGAUAUGAGCAUACGCCGACCGACCAGGAGUAGCAAUUUCAUGCUAAUAGCAUCAAUUGUGAUAUUAUCAGUUUUAUCUUGCGCAAGAUGUCAGGACUUUGGAUAUGAUGGUGCUAAAGGCCCAUCCCACUGGGGAGAGCAGUACAAUACCUGUACCGGCAAGCAUCAGAGCCCAAUUAAUAUCAACUCGCUGGAUGUGAAAAAAGUUAACCUGCCGCCACUGAUCAUGGAGGGAUUCGAUGCACAUCCACAGCAGACCAAUUUAACCAACAAUGGGCACACGGUGGCUGUUACGAUGAAAGACCACUUCCCAACCAUCUCCGGUGGUCCGCUGAAGGGAGUGUACCAGUACUCGCAGCUCCACUUCCACUGGGGCGAUAAUGACACUGUCGGUAGCGAAGAUAUGAUCGAUAAUCACAUAUUUCCGAUGGAACUGCACGUGGUGUUCUUCAAGCAGGAUUAUAAAAACGCCAAAAAUGCCAUGAAACACUCGGACGGUUUGACGGUGUUGGCCUUUUUCUACGAGAUAUCCCAGGACGACAAUCCUAGCUACGAAGAGUUUGUUCAGCUGCUAGGCAACGUGACCAGUUCGCACAAAACGGCAACCUUCGAGAAACCUCCCUCGCUGAGGAACCUGAUCGCACGGGACUUACUGCACUAUUACACCUACGACGGAUCUUUGACGACGCCGCCGUGCAGUGAGGUUGUCACAUGGAUUGAUUUCAAAGAGCCGAUUAUGCUGUCGCACGCACAGAUCGAGGCAUUCCGUGCCCUUGAGGAUGACGAAGGGCAUCCAUUGACCCACAAUUUCCGACCGAUUCAACCACUCGGCGACCGGGUGGUGCUGUACAACACGGACGAAAUCGUAAAGGAUGUUGACCUGACGGACGAAAUUCCCGCCGAGGAGAUCGAUCAAAAUUCUCUCGAACACGAGAAGGACCGUCGACCAGUGAAAGGCAAAAAACCACAUCCGGACAGUGGGUCCGGUUCGAUCGGUACCAGCUGGACAGUGCUGGCAAUGGCACUGGUAUUCAGAUUUUAUCUUACCGGCAGUUGGAAGUAGAAAGUGAUUCACUCCUCGCAUAAAACAGAAACUCUUUAUGCUACCUACUGUAAAUAGCUCUUAUAGGCAACUUUUGUUAGUUCUAAAUUAUUGAAUGACACUAGCGGUAGAGAUUGGAGUAUUCAAAAUUACGGAAGGCACAAAAAAGUGAGAAAUAGGUCAGUAUUUUAGAAAGAUUUCAGUUCAGAUUCGAGAUUGUUAUGAACAUAGGAAUAAGCAUCUUAUGAAAUAAUAUUACCUGUUAUCAUUGGAACAUUUUAAGCUCUCAUUUUAUACCAUCAGACUAAGAUUAUGUGAAAUGAUAAAGCAGCAAGGCUUAGAACAGCAUAAAAACUGUUAGAGUGCUAUGACGAAACCAAAGGUAGAUGGUUGAAUGUACCGGAGUUGAUAAUAAAUUCUAUACAUGAUAAA